AUGACUACCGCCCUGUCCAAUGAAUGGUAUUUCAGUCUCAUGGAUGAUACAAUUUCCAUCACCACUGUGAAAGAGCCUUCUGGCGGUUGGAAAGCGGUUGCAAUUCGCUCGAAUGACGAAGAACGUGACGCCUUAAUCUCCUCUGAACCGUGCGAUUCUAUUCAGAAAGCCUUCGAAUCUCUUCACGCCAAAUCUGCGGAGGCUACCGCAGUCUACAUUAAGACAAAUGGCUAUGGCCAGUUGCCAAGUUACAAGAAAUCUGAGGACCUAAGUGAUGACGAUACGGCUUCUGUCAUGUCCGGCUCUGAGCAUUCUGCAGCCACGAGUGUCGCGCUGUCGACCUGGGAGAGUUCCGACGAGGAACUGGUCACGCCAGCCUCAUCAUCUAAACCAGACAGUGCAUCCUCUAAGAGUUCCAAGAAGAACCGCAAGCGAGGCAAGACUCAAAAAAACCGCAAAUACGAGAGUGAGACAGACGACGAGCUUGCUGACGACGGGCCCAUCCGUCAGGCCAUAAACCCGGUCCGUCACCCAGCAGGUCGUGCAGUAGCACGGCCUGCACCUCAAACUGCUGGCUGGACAGGACCCCCGCAACCGCCUCCCCCCAUGUACCGCCCUGGAGCUAUGCCAGUACUACAGCCGCCUCCUCCCCGACCAAGCAUGGCUUCGGGACCAUCUGGUCCCCCGACUCCAGCUGCGCAAGUACCGCCCCCACCAGGUUUUCGACCAAUGGGCCCAGGGGUCAACCCACGUCUCUUCGAUACGCGGAUCACGAUUAACUGGCUUCAUCACAGCGAACAGCGCAUAUUCGAAUCAUGCAGAGCUUCGAUUCGGGCCUUACAAGACACCACAGUAGCGUAUGUCCGCGGGCACAUGGACGCGUUCGACAAUGUCACUCCCCUUGAUCACUCGCCUACUAAGAUUUGGACCCUAAGAGCCAACAUCAAGCGAGCUUUCUUCGGCAGUGAGGCUUACGACAUGAGUGGUUACAGGGGCGACGACCUCACUAAGCUGUUCAAUGUUCUGGGCAAGAACGACAUCCCCAGAUUCGAAAUCGAGGUGGACUAUGUGCGUCCCCCUAGCCCGGGUCAUGCCAUGACCCCGGGUAACGCUUCUUCGAUGCAGUAA